CAGAGCCCUUAAAAAGGAGAGAAAGAACCACUCACUUCUGUUCAUUCAUUCCUAGACAGAGAAACCAAAAUCACUGUUUCGGAGAAGAAAGAAAUCUCUCAUAAUUCAUUCUCUCUUUUUGCUCUGUUUUAGUUUUGUUCUCGUCUGGUUUUCUUUUGAUGGAUCAGUUAAAAUGGGAGAAAUCAUUGAGAGAAACUAGUUACAGACAUGAAAGAUCAAAAAACCCAUCAUUCUCAUCAUCUUUGCUUGAUGAAAUCUAUCGUUCUAUUGAUGAAGGAGAUGAUAAUGGUGGUGGUGGAGGUGGUGGUGGUUUUAUUAAACAAGGUGUAGAAGAAGUUAUUUACAGAGAAAAAACCAUGAAAAAGAAACAGAGUAGUGGUAAUAACAGAGAAGAGUUAAUUGAGAAUUGGAUGGAGAAAAGAAUUAUGAGUACUACUGAGAAAGUUGUACUAAGAAGGAAUUCAUUAUCAGCAGAUUUACAGAAGAAUUAUUCAUCAUCAAAUGCGAGUCGGGUUUUCAAUUCAAGUUCUUCUGAUUCUUGUUAUGGUAGUAGUGGUUUUUCAUCUUCUGAAACUGAUCAAUCAUCAAUAUACAGUUCAUCUAGAUCAUCAUCGAUGAAACCUCCUUCUAUUAAACCGAUCCGAACGAGUUUUUCUUCCGAAGAGACGAAGAAAAUUGCUUCUGUUCCUCCACAGCCAAAACCCACCAAGAAAUCAAGAGCUCUGAAGAUUUAUGGAGAUUUAAAGAAGGUAAAACAACCAAUUUCUCCUGGUAGUAAAAUUGCAAGUUUCUUAAAUUCUCUGUUUACUAAAGAAAACUCGAAAAAACCAAAGUUUUCGAGUUCUCUCAAUGGUGAUGAAUAUCAAAAUCAUAAUCGUCAUGAAGAUUCAAGAAUAUACAAAUCUGGAUAUGGUUCUAACUCAACAUGUUCUUCAGUUUCUUCAUAUUCAAGAUCUUGUUUGAGUAAAAAUAAUUCGAAUUCGAGUAAUCGGAUUAAAAGAUCUGUCCGAUUCUAUCCUGUUAGUGUCAUUGUUGAUGAAGAUUGUCGACCAUGUGGACAUAAAUGUCUAUAUGAAACCGAUGAACCAGGAUUAAUGGCGAAAUUUCGUAAACCCAACAGUGAUAACAAAUCUUCUUCAUUAAUGAAUAUGGAUGAAGAUUUGAAGUUUCAGAUAAUGGAGAAGAACAGAAGAAUUGAAGAAAAAGCUAGAGAUCUUUUGAAAGGGUAUCAGAAGAAGAAGAAUGAUUAUGAAAUGAAAGAUUAUCUCGACGAAGAGGAUGAUGAUGAUGAUGAUGAUGAUGCGGCUAGUGAUGCUAGUUCUGAUCUUUUUGAGCUUAGUAGUAUAAAUGGUGGAUCAAUUGAUCAAAGGUAUAGAGAAGAACUUCCUGUUUAUGAAACUACUCAUUUUCUUACUAAUCGUGCCAUUGCUAAUGGCUUAAUCCGGUGAUUAAUUAAUUUAAUUAAUUACAAGGAAAAGAAUCUUUUAAAUUAAAAUUAGGGAAUUGGUUUGGGGAUUUUAAUUUUAUAAGUUUUGUAUUUAUAUCCAAAAUUAAUAAUAUCCUUUCCUUUGUGUUCAUGUUC